AUGGUCUCCACUCGCCAUCACCCGCAGGAAUUCCCGCCCGCACCAAAAUCGAGGUCUGUGACCCCCUCCAGAUCAACUGACAGCACUCCUUCAUCCACAAACUGGGUACACACCCCAACAGCGGCCGUCAGCCUAUGGCUCUUUAUCUCCUGUCCGCUCGUCCUCUGGGACGCCGGCUACGUGCUUCUCCGUCCGCACUCGAUGCCGGGAGGAAAGUGGCACUCGCCCAUCUGGACCCCGUACGCGCUCUACGGGACCGUUGACUACAUCUACGGAUGGCCGGCGUAUAAUGCGCACAAUGGGUUCACCGCCGCUCAGACGUACCUCAAUCUUGCGGAGACGGCUGCAUAUCUGUACUACCUUUGGAUUGUGUACAAGUACGGGACUCCAGCGACGGGCGCCAGUCGCGGGAGCAAGUCGCAAAGGUUAUGGAGUGCUUUUACUGGGGAGAGGGUCGUUGGUGGUCGGACGGGGGCGAUUGCGCUGCUUGUUGCUUUCAGUGCGUCCGUUAUGACUCUGUCGAAGACCAUUCUUUACUGGGUGCAAGAGUAUUGCAAUGGUUUUGAGAACAUCGGGCACAAUGAUAUGUGGACCCUUAUCAUCCUAUGGAUCAUUCCCAACGGAGCAUGGCUCGUCUUUCCGUCGUGGAAUCUGCAUGUCCUAGGAGAAGAGAUAGUGGCGUCGUUGGCGGGCGGUGGUCCUCGUGAGCCAGACCGGCCAAAGGCUCAGUGA